AUGCUCGCGCGUCGCGCGCGCCGAGCGCGAGAAAUCACAUCUCUGCUCGCGCGCGGCGCGCGUUCGGACGUCUUUCUCGCGAACGACGCGUCGCGCGAGGCGUCGACGUCGUCGCGUCGGUCGAAACCGUCGAACGAGACGAAACCGUCCGAGGCGAAGCGCACGCUGCUGCGCGAGCACCUCCACGACGCGCUGUACGCGCCGAACAAAGGGUACUUUACCAAUGAUCGCAAAACGAGCGCGCCCGUGGGGACGAUGGACGAAGGCGCGAUCGAUUUCAAGGCGCUACGGGGACAAGAUGAUUACUUUGGCGAGCUCAACCGGCGAUACGCGCGUUUAGGCGCGCAAUGGUUGACGCCGGGAGAGAUCUUCGCCCCACAUUACGCCGAUGCGUUGGUGCGAUAUGUAUUAGAGACGCAUCGGGGCGAUUGCGGCGAUGACGAGGCGUUGGAGCCGUUGCGUGUGUACGAAAUCGGCGGCGGCGCGGGUACGUUUGCGAGUGGAUUUUUAGACGCGGUGAAAAGAGAGGCGCCGAAAGUGUACGAAAAGAUGAGGUAUACGUCGAUUGAUAUUAGUAAAAGGCUGUGUGAUGACCAGCUCAACCGCGUGCGGCGUUCGGGACACGCGAAUGACGUCCACGACGCGACGGUGGGCGACGCGACGAGUCUCCAAACGUGGGGCGCGACGAACGAGGAGACCUGUUUCGUCAUCGCGCUCGAGGUGUUGGAUAACCUACCACACGACAGGGUGUGGCGGCCUAAACGCGGUGAAGGUGAAUGGAUGCAAACGGAAAUAGUGAGAAAUUUGACGACCGGCGAGCUCGCGCAACGCGAGGCACCGCUCGCGGAUGCGUUGAUUCAGAGAACGUUGCAGGCGAUCGAUUUGACCGCAGACUUAGCCGUGGACGGUGAUGGUGGCGCGUACAACCCACGCGGGUUCAUGCACUCGAUUCGUCGCGCGCUUACUUCUUUGGCGUCGAGCGGGGACGAAACAUGGUUCGUUCCCACUGGCUCGAUGCAACUCAUGGAGACGUUGCACGCCAAGCGCCCGAACCAUCGUUUCAUCGCGGCGGAUUUCGACACCCUACCAAACGUGCGCAUCGAAGGCGUGAACGCGCCUCUCGUCGCAACUCAGCGCGUGGGCGGGCAAACCGACGAUCACGACACAUAUCUCUUGCCCGAGCGACUGGCGGGAUCGGCUGACGUCUUCUUUCCGACGUGCUUUGACACGUUGCGAGCGAUCGACUUCGCGACGUCAAGUCAAAACACCCAUCGCGCCAACGCGCGGCUGUGUACAAUAGUGACGACGAAAAAGUUCAUGACGGACUACGCCGACGUCGCGGCCACGGUCACCGGAAGCGGGUACAAUCCGCUGCUGCAGGAUUUCUCCAACACGAAAUUUCUCCUGAGCGGCGCGCCGGCGCAUCCCCACGACCACGAUCACGACGAUCACUGAGUGCGAGUUGCGCCGACGAGACGCGCGCGUUGUUUCAGCGAAUAUUAAUUUAUAUUGCAUCGCGUCCAUCAAUCCUCGUCGUACCUCUGAUCGUGUCGCUUGCGCUUUUCCCGCGCGUACUUUUUCCGAAUCGUAUUAUACAGCGCGCGUUCUCUCCCCUUGUACGCCACCAUCAACUUUUCCAUGUUCGCCGCCGUCGCCUUCUCCGGCGCGUACUCGGAAUAAAACGCCUUUAUCUUAUCUCGAUACAUCCUCCCCUCGGGUGUCAGCGUCCCGUACGCCCGCCCAGGCGGCGGCGUGAUAUUAAACACGUAGUCCAAGCACACGAACGCCGUCGGCGCGACGAACAGCAACAAAAAGAAGACGUGCGUCCACGAAACGUUCGCCAGGAACCCACCCUUGGCGCCGUCGUCGCUCGCGCGCGUCGCUCGUUUCGCGCCUUCCGAUCUCACCGCCGCCCCGUUCCCGCGUCGUCGUCGCACCGUCGUCGCGCCCGCGCCGCUCGCGCGACGGUCGACCUCGACGUCGGCGUCGACUCGGACGUCUUCGUCGUCGCUCGCGCUCGCGCUCGCGCUCGCGCUCGACGCGCCGCGCGCGCGCUCGACGCCCGCGGUCGCGCGCUUUUCGCGCGCCCUCGCCAGCGCGCGUCGCUCGGCGCGGUUCAUGGCGACGCGCG